AUGGGUGACGAUAAGGUCACCAUUCUACUGCGUGCGGUUGGCGACGCUCCAAUUUUGAAGCAGAAGAAGUUCAGUGUUGAUGCCAAUCGAACAGUAGCAUGGUUUUCGCAAGUAAUUAAAAAGUUGAUUAACUUAUCUGACGACCAGACUCUUCACGUUUAUAUUUCACAAACUUUUGCCCCGUCGCCUGACCAUUCUUUUGGUUCUCUUCGUGAUUGUUAUGCGAUUAGAGGCGAUGGCAAUGACGACCAUCUAGUUAUGCAUUACAGCACAACCAAUGCGUGGGGUUGA